GAAUUGGGCUUUAAAAUUCGGCGUGGACUUAUGGGAGUUCGGCAGACAUUUCACAAAGAUGAACCAAAUACAGAAUAAAUACCACGAGUCCAACGUGGAGGUGGUGCGCAAAGAUGGGCUACUGCUGGUACGCGAGCUGGCCGCUGAGGUCAAGAACCAUUUGGACUUCAAGAUUAACGCUGUAAUGCGUAUAAUGGACUCAGCAGAAGCGGCUGCAUUAUCUCCAGGCAGCAGUUCCACCGACGGCAGCCCAGGGUCGUAUUUCGACGCUCGCUGGCUGAACGUGCACGCUGACGACGGCACGCUGGCCGCCCGCGCACGUCGCCUUGUCCUCUCCCCCAGCCGACACUUUGAUCAUAUUGCUGUCAACACCACGUAUAGCGCUGUACUAAUGCCUCCUUACAUCAAUACUGAAGAUGCGGAGGUACAGAACCAGAUAUCGUGGUCGGAGCAUUUAGAUCCAUUAUUCGUUAACAACUACGAGAUCGAUCCCACACUCUCGUGGCAGUACUAUGCUUCGUCUUCAGGCUUUAUGAGGAGAUAUCCAGCAAUGUCAUGGCCACCUGAAGACGGUUACUCACACCAUGCGAGAGACUUCUACGACUUCAGGUCAUCAAACUGGUUCGUGGAGGCGGCUACAUCACCUAAAGACCUGGUCAUCCUUAUGGACGACUCGGAUGACCUCGGCUCGUCUUACCAGCGCCUUGCCAAGGCGACUGUGUCUGCACUUUUGGAUACACUGGGCCCAAAUGAUUUCGUCAACGUAUAUAGAUACAGCGAUACCGUAUCUGAGAUACAUCAGUGUUAUACGAAGAUAUUAGCACAGGCCGUACCUGAAACGUUACGUGAACUGAAAACCGCACUGUGGGCGGCGGAGCCGGCGGGCGGCGCGGCCAACUUGACUGGCGCCCUCACCACCGCCUUUGAGAUACUACAUAGGUACAACCGCACAGGUCAAGGCUGCCAAUGCAACCAGGCGAUCGCAGUGAUAGGGGCGGGUGGUGGCGCUGGCGGGGUGAAGGGCGUGUUCCGCGUCUGGAACUGGCCUCACAUGCCUGUUAGGAUAUUCACGUACCGCGUCGCUGGAGACGCGGCCUCCGGACAUACUAUGAAGGACAUGGCCUGCACUAAUAAAGGAUUCCACGUGACUAUAAACGAGCAUUCAGAGAUAAGGCAGAAGGUGCUGCACUUCGUGGAGGUACUCGCGCGGCCGCUAGUCAUGUAUCAGUCCAUACACCCUGUGCACUGGAGCCCUGUGUACGUCGGCGGAAGGAGUAGCAGCUUAGCUGACGAUGGGAUGGGUCAGUUGAUGACGUCAGUCACUGUACCAAUCUUCGACAGAAGGAAUCAUACUCAAAGGGAAGCCAAUUUACUAGGAGUUGUUGGCACCGAUGUACCUGUCGAUCAAAUAAAGAAGCUCGUACCACCGUAUAAGUUAGGUGUAAAUGGCUACUCUUUUAUGGUGGAUAACAACGGGCAUGUUUUGUACCAUCCUGAUUUAAGGCCUCUGCACACAAAUGAGGAGUAUACAGAAACUCUCCGUCCAUUGUAUUCUAGCGUGGACCUCACCGACGUGGAGCUACUCGUCGACUCUGAUGAGAAUUCCCGCGUCAAUCUCACCUCGCUGCUGUUAGAUUUACGUCACGACAUGAUAGAGCAGCGCGAGGGCGAGACGGAGAUAGGCGUGAAGGUGCAGUACGCGGGCAUGCGGCGCGUGGCAGCGCGGCGCCAGCGCUACUUCUACAGCCCGCUGGCCGGCACGCCCUACUCGCUGGCCGCCGUGCUGCCCGACGGCUACGGCAUGUACGAGCUGCAGGCCGAGCAGGAGAUCAAGCACAGCCCCUUCAAUGUCACAGAAUAUUUCAAGGGCGAUAACUGGAAAGUUCACCCUGAUUGGGUGUACUGUGAGUACGCGUCAACAUCGGACCAAGUGUUCAACAGCCCGGAGGAGCAGCUGCUGCACUUCUUGUCGCGCGCGGGCCGGCCCGGCUGGAAGUGGAUGUCGCUGCGCCCGCGCGCACUCACGCUGCACAACGCGCACAAGAAGCAGGACAGGGACUCUUACUACUGUGACAAGACUUUAGUUCAAUCCUUAGUUAGGGACGCAAUGGUAAUAAAAGAAUUGGACGCUCACACUGGACAUGCCAACCAUCACUCCCAACAAGGACGCUUUCACAAGUUCGUGGUGACGCUGUCGUUCGUGGCUACUCGCAGCGGUCUGCUCAAGUGGACAGACAAUACCAACGCCUCACGCACCUCGGAAUCCGCAGAGCCACACUUCAGCGAGAAGUACGGCCGCGCAUUCGACUCGGAGUGGUACAAGCGCGCGGUGGAGCAGCACGGCGUGGAGCCCGAGAGCUUCGUGUUCUCGGUGCCCUUCCGCGAGGCGGACUCGGAGCCCGCGCCCCCGCACCACGUGAUGGCCACGCACGCAGUCUUCGUGGAGUCCCGCGGACACCGCGCGCCCGCCGCGGUCGUCGGCCUGCACUUCCAACUAGACUCAUUGGUCAAACAUUUCCUUAAUGUCACUUCUACGUGCACUGCGGGUAGCGUUUGCAAGAAGACGUGUGCUGGCGACGAACUGGACUGCUACAUCCUAGACGACAACGGGUUCAUCAUCCUGUCUGAGGACACGUCACAGACCGGCCGCUUCUUCGGUCAGGUGGACGGCACGAUCAUGGACUCUCUGGUGCAGGACAGAAUCUACAAGAAGGUCACAGUGCACGACCACCAGGGAAGGUGUCCCGAUUCAAGGAACCCUUUCAGCGGAAAUAGCAAUAAAUUAACGCCAUUGAAGCCUUUUUCAUGGGUGGGAGGGUACCUCAUGACCCUGCUGACUGCGUGGUUCCCGCUGUGGCAGCCAACCCACGCUCGUUCCAGUCGAUAUGCGGAUGAAGAUUUGGAUGCCGAUUACGAAGACUACGAAAAAGAGGAUCUCGAAUAUGAGGAUGUAAGUCGUGACCCGGGCCCCUAUGAGAUCAUAGUGGACGGGACGGGAGGGACAGCUGUAGGACGGGAAGGCCGCGAGGGCCGGGAGGGUCGUGAUGGCCGCGAGGGCUGGGAGGAGCGCGAGGGCCCCCCGCGGGAGGCACCGCGCGAGGCCGCGCGCUCCGCCGCCGUGCGCCCCUGCGACACCAGCGCGGAGCUCUUCAGCCUACAGUCGGCGCGGCUCAACACCGCGCAGCCUUUGAAAGGAAAACUCACUAAUUGUCACAAUUCUGGUUGCGAAAGGCCAUUUAGCGUGCAGAAGAUCCCUCACAGCAACUUGAUCCUGUUAGUUGUGGACACGCUGUGCCCGUGCGGCGCCAAGCGGCUGGACGUGCGCGCCCGCGAGGCACCGCCGCGCGCCGCCUGCCGCCGCCACGCGCCGCGCGCGCACCGCCGCCGCCCCAAGCACUGCGGCUCCUACCACCCCGAGGAAAUUGAAAUUCAAUCGUGUGGGCGCGGUGUAUCGUUCCGACCUUUGAGCGCUCUGUUGCUGACGGUGGCGACGUGGCUAGCGCUCGCCACGUGACUCCGCCCGGCCGCGCCCGCGGGCUGCCCGCACUACUAGACACCACACGGCUUAGGACACGUGUCAAACACAUCGUGAAUGGUUCGAUUCGCCACAACAAAGACAUUGAUGAGCUUCGCCAUUUAAAAUGUAAAUCAGUAUUGUUUAGGUGCGCAAUGGACGGUUCGUGUGUACUGUGAGAGGGUGCAGAUGCGCCAGCGUGCCCCUCUGGAGCGCGCGGCACAUCGAUACAAUCGACUGAAGUUUUGGUCCGACCAAGUGAACUUUUCUUGUCCCGCGACAGGAACCAACUUCGAUUAGAUUUAAUAUUGUAUUCGAAAUAAUCUCCCCAUUCUCCGUUAAGUCGUCAUCUCUAUUGUAACGAUACGUUUAAACAUUAGGUAGGUAAAGAAAAUAAUAUCUUGUUAUAUUUAAUUGAAGAUUAUCGCAAACUUAAAGAUCUUAAAAAUUAUAGCUAAUGUUAUAGGUAUUGAAAGGUAAAUUAAUGUAAAAUUUAUAAUAUCGUUUAAACAGUUUUAGAAAAAUAUACCUAUGUUGAGUCAUAAUCAAUUUUUUUCAGUGUCUAUCAUACAAAUUUAUUGAGAAAGUAAUUUAGACGCCUAGUUUCGAUGUAAAUGUAUAAAGUUUGUAAUAUUUUGUAGUUACUUUUCUUUGCUACAUUUGUGUGUGCCAGUGUAUCUACAUAAUAUUGUAAAUUGUUAAUUCAGCCGAAGCGACGCCGCGCUACUAAUUUAUUGUUUCAAAAUAUUUUUAUUUCAUACUAAUUACUAGGACAUUAUAAACUUUAAAUAUUGUUGUGUUUAAGCAUAUUUAUUCGUCAAUAAUUGUUUUCUAAAAACAAUUUGAUGUCUAAAUAAAGUAGUGAUAGAAUUUUCUGGAACGGAAACAACAAUGACAAUACUCUUAAAAUAAAUAAUAAUGGUUAAUAAAUAAAUUGAAUUAAUCUUUUACUGACUAGCAACAUUUUUAGAUAUUGCGUAUUUUCGAUAUGAUACAGAAGGUAUUAUUAGAUUAGGUAAAACAAGCUUUAUUUGUUUUUUUAUGACAAAUAAUGUAUUUCAAUGAUAUAAAUAAUUAUUAUUAUAAAAAUAAUGUUAUUCAUUUUUACAAGAUGUUUUCGCGGCGCCGCCUUUUCCGGCCAGUCUUGUUCUUAAAUGGUUAGACAAUUUCUCAUCUAAUCUUAGUAAUGUUGUAAUUUGAAAUUGUACACAAUUUAUUCAUUAUUGUAAAUAUCUUUACUAAAUUUAA